AUGUCGUUCCUCGGAAUGGGCCGCCAGCAGCCCACGUCGGAGCAGAAGAUUGCCGCCGUCGAGGGCGAGAUGCGCAUGAUGGCUGAUACGUAUAACCGGUAUUCUCCAGCAGGCGUGCCAGAAGAAGUGCGUCCCGACCGACUACCGCGAGGGCGAGCUCAACAAGGGCGAGUCCGUCUGCCUCGACCGCUGCACCGCAAAGUUCCUCGACACGAGCAUGAAGGUCAGCGAGAUCAUGCAGCAGCAGGGGCAGGCCAUGGGCGGCGCGGCGCCCCAGCAGGGCGGUGGUGGCCUCUUUUAAGCUACGCGCGCGCCGUUCUCUGCUUGUCUUGUCCACAAAGGGGACGUAGUGCGGCAAGAGAAGGAGCCUCUUCUUAA